UCAGGAGAACGUACUCAGCACUGCCUUAUUGUCGACCUUGACCAUUUUGGCGAGCGAAUGUUUCGUACAGGCUAUAUGAGCAAUGUUAGGUGUCCUGUAAUCAAACCAUAAAGGAUUAAAAUUUAAAUCAGAGAAUACUAACCAGAGUAAAGAGGUUUAUAUGUCGGAGAAGAAUUUUUCUGAGGGAUUUCUUCGAGGUUGUUGUUGAGACAAGUGAGAGAGGGAGCUACGUAGUGGGGUGUCUUUUGUUUUUCGGACCCCUCCAACAGAAAAACUCGCCGCCGAUAAGUGAACAACGCUUAGUGUUCACCAAUCAACACUCCCAAUUCACCACUCAAGCCAGGAACAUCGACUUUACGAAUCACGUCUCCAUUAAUCGGACCGUGUCCAUCUCGCGCUCUGCAGUAUUCCAACAGCUGAUUUCGAAAGAAACUAUGGCUACCUCUCCCACCUCGCAACCUCCUUCUCUAACCAAUCUCCCAGAUGGUCUCUCUCCAGAUUGUCUCGAUACCAUCCCCGUCCUGAGCGCAAUCCUCGCGCGAUUACAGCCUCCGCAGAAUGCGAAUGUUCCAGCUUCGACAGCAGGUUCUCCACCAGCGGCUGCUACUCCCAAGCUGGUGAAGGAUCUGGAGAAUGGGACGGGGCCGCUCACGGUGAAUCAAAUACCCAUUGCGGCGGAUGGGAUCAAGUCCAGGUUACAGAAGGCGAGGGCGCAAGUGAAACAGCUGCCUGAUAUGGAGAGGAGUAUUGCGGAGCAGGAGCAAGAAAUGAGGGAGUUGGAGGAGAAGAUAAAGAAGCAGAGGGCAGCGUUGGUACAUUUGAAGGAAGUGGGUUCAGCUAUCAAGAGGGAGAGAGAACAGAAGGAAAAGGAGGGCGGGGCAGAUUUGAUGGAGACUGGAGAAGACUGAAGACAUUUGAUGAAGCAAGAAUAUCUGGACAGACCACAAGAGGAUCAACAUUGCCACAAAGUUGGAGACCAGCUCUGGCAGUAUCAUAGCGAUGGCGUUGAGUGGUAGCAUCUAAGCGCAUACGAUGAAGUCGUACUUCACACGACAGCUAGAGGCCAAAAGUGUUUCUACCCGCCCGCG